GAAAACGCCAUCAUCGUGAACGCCGUGAAAUGCGAAGAGCUUUUGUUGUUGAUUGCUUACCAAAAUGUGAAAUUACAGUGUUGAGUCGUUUUUGGAACUUGAUUUUCUUAGCUAGUUUGAUAACAUCCAGUGCUGGCUACUAGUUACGAUAGUUAAGAAGUGAAAAUUCAUCCCAAAAUGUCCGAAUUAAACUCAAGAGUUCCUAUUCGUUUAUCCGACAUCGAUAACCUGCUUCAAGACAGCAUCUUCGAGUCAUCGAAUGGAGCCAGAUUGGUUGAGUAUAUUAAGAAGAAACGAACGGGUGGCCGUAUGCGAUUGCACAACAUUUUCGAGCAGGUUGCCGCAACAGUGAAACGGCCACAAUUCAAUUUUGACGGUAAUACGUCGGAACCGCAUCCGUUGCCCAACACGCCAGAAGAUGUUAUUCCAUGCACUCAGAAUGAAGAUGCAAUGGAAGGUCCCUCAGCGUCUACUGAGUUUGUUCCAGUCACACAAGCGGAAAAGAAUGAAAAUGAAAUACCUGCAGUGACCCAGAACGGAAAUGAAGCUCCUCAAGCACUUCCAGUCACAGAUAUUGUUGCUGAGAAUGAUAUAGAACUUGCUGGCAGAACUAUACCCAAAUCACCUGCAAUCAGUCUAGCUCGUCAGGUUAUGAUAAACCAGUAUCACCGCACAAAUGCUGCCAAGUGUGAGCUGCUAAAACAGCUAGCUUGCAGCACCCCAAAGCCCGAUGGGCAUGAUGCGCUAAGUCGAAUAUCAACCUUCACUACAUCGAUCUCACCCAUUUCGGAACGGGAUUCCCCUAUAACUCCGAUCAUCAACGAUCCGAUUCCCACAGCUGCGCCGAACGAUCUAGUGCCAGAAGUGGAAGUACCUAUAGUAGUACCAGAAGAACUACCUGUAGCUGCUGAAGUCGAGCAGAUACUUGCACCAUGCUCUCAAGCUCUCCCAGGUCCUAGUACCCCGGUGAAAGUAAUCGUAGUACGCACUCCAGUAGACACUGUACAAUUGACAGCAUUAGAAACAGAUGCAGCCCCAUUACCGGAUGUAAUUAUUCCGGAGACUCCCAGUCCACCGAAAGACCCUCCCGAAUCUCCCAAGGCAGCUCCUCAGCAGCCAAUGCAGCCGCGAAGACUCAGCACCACCUUCAAUGUUCUGGAAAAUGGUCGAUCUGAACAAGUCAAUGAUGAUAUCAUGACGUCUGACGAAAGUGUGCCAAUCGAUGCGAGUGUACAUGACGAUUCCAUGUCGCCGAAUACUAGUUGCAACGUUUCUAUGCCGAGAAGUAUUCUCAAAGAUGCUGACGUAUCACUGCGGAAGCGACACUCAUUCAGAGUAUCAUUUUCCAAACAGUUGGUAGAGCAACGAGAGAUUUCUCCUGCACCAUCCAUACCGGAAGCCUACUAUUCUCAUUCCGACGAGGAAUCCAAUGAAAGUGAUUUCGAUGAAGCUGAUUUUGAGGUCGUUGAUGAGGUGUUCAGCGAUGAAAGCGGCGAAUGUGAUGGAGAUGAUGUUGAUCAACAACGUGCAGAUAUGGAGGAAAUUCGAGCAAAUUUGGAAAAAAGUUUUGCUGAUGUACCUGAGCGGCCAGGAUCACCAAUCAUCAAUGUGGUCGAUGAGGAGCCUGCCAAUUGGUUCGGUGCGGUGACACCAAGACAGGAAGAUGUGCACAAAGGCUCACUGCUACCUCCGGAGACAGUAAGAAAAGACGACAAAACAGAUUUGCAGCUGGUAGAUAUUAUUACCGACUGGGACGACGAGGAGGAUGAUGACACUGAACAUGACUCUGGAACUACUUCGGAAGAGAUACCAGAAACGCAGCUCACUCCGCCACGCUCAAAUACAAAUAAGACCAACCGAGAUGCGAUGGACAUCAGCUCAAGUAACAUGGAAGUAUCAGCGGAACGUUUGGUAGAGCUACCGUCACCACCUGUUACACAGAAUGAAGAUAUUCCUUCUACACCACUUGGACCCUUAACCCCACCAUCGCAGUUCACAGACUCCGCCAAACGCCGAUUUAUAGAAGAAAAUGAUGAAGUUGUUAUCACUCGCCUGCAGAGUGAACUGCCAGACUCACAGCAAUCUACCGAAGAACCAGAGAAGGUUGUAAACAAGACAUUUGAGAAGGUAUCGGAUACACUAGUAGAAAUUGCACAUUCUUUCCGCGGUCAAACUACUGUACCACCGUCUGUCGUAGUGGACGUCACAUCAACAGAACCCAUCGAUCGGAAAGCCAUUGCUCAACCAAAGAAAGGUCGAAAAACGGCGACUAUAACGGACCCUGCCACAACAGAUUAUUUCAAAAAUUUGGAGCUUACGUUUGCCAAACCUAUGCCUCCGAUUCCAAAGAGCACGCAAUCUGUAACCGCAUCAAAGCGUAAGCUAUACGUUGCGCCAGAAUCUAAGGAUGGGUGCUCUCCGAUAGCCGAAGUGAUGUCCAACGGACACAGAGAGACGUCUCCAGAGCUUCGUAAUUUCAAUGUGGUGGUUCGGAAACUGGACGUGCAGCAAUAUCUGCCGAUUCCUAUCGAUGUGAACUGCAGACAACAGAACGGUCUACAGAAGGAUGAUAUAAUGCAAGUGGCGAAUGAAAAACAGCAACAAGCCCAAGAAAACACUAAAACACAACCGAUCGCCACGGAUACAACGCAGGAUCAAUCUCCAACUGAUGACGAUAAACACAAAGCCGAUGAAGGCAAACUAAUGAACGGUGUCUCUAAGAAGGGUCGAACCAAAGCGAAACAGUUGACACCAGAGACGGAUGAACAAUUAAACGACCAGAAGAACGUGCUUGCCAAAAGCAGUGAGGCUCCUAAAAACGAUAAAAAUCGUACGGCGCACAAUAAAAAAGCCAAACAAACGAAACAUAAAAUAUCAACUGAUAAUAAGCCAGUUGAGCAAAUACCAGAAGCUAAAUCGAGCAUCGAACUGGAGACGAUCGAGGAAGCGAAUGACGUGUCUGUAGAAGAGGAAGAACUGACGAUUGAGACAAAGCAGACUCGCGCCAAAGCCAAACAAAUGGCAGCGGAGACUACCGAGCAAGUGGACAAACAAGUGGAGAAUGAUGUAAAUCGCGUGGUAAACGAUCAGCAGAGGAAUAUUGUGGAUAAGACAGAUGAGCCAAUGCAAACAAAUGAGUCGAGCAUCGAGCUGGAGGCAAACGAUAUGUCUGUAGAGAACGCUGAGCCGAUGGAUGCGGAAACAACCGAGCAACCGGACGUGCUGGAGAGUGUAGAUGCCAAAUGCGACGAAUCAACCGAACAAAUGUCAUUCCAAUCGAGUAGUGAGCUGGGAAUGGAUGUGGAGGCGAACGACAUAUCUGCAGUAGAAGCAGAAGAAGAAGAAGAAUUGAUGAUUGGGAAGACUAAAAUUACUCGAUCUAAAGCAAAACAGAUGGCAGUGGAAACAGCUGAGCAACAGGUUGAACAGGAAAACGUCGGUGCCAAAUGCAACGGGUUAAUCCCUAGCGACUUGAAUCUAAAACCGAAAAAUCAAAAACACGAACAAACUCAGCAAAAGAUAACACCUGAGAAUAACCCAGUUCAGCAAGUACCAGCGAAAUCGAGCGUCAAUCGGAAAGUGGAAUCGAGGCCUGAAAGCAUACCUGUAGGAGGAGAAGAAGAAGAGCAGGUGAUUGAGAAGACCAAGAAUAUUCGAACCAAAGUAAAACAGGCAGCUCAGCAACCGGUUGAGCAAAAGAACGGUGCCAAAUGCAACGAACCAGCUGAGAUCGCUGUGAAUCUAGCGGCAAAAACUAAAGGCAAGUUUUCGCUACAGAGGAAGAAUGAGGAUAUGCCAGUUAAGCAAGUGUCAGUUGAAUUGGGCAUUGGUCAGCGGGUGGAUACAGGCUUGGAGAACAUGCCUGGAGAAGAAGAAGUUCCGACAAUUGAUAGGAUUAAGAAGACUCGCUCCAAAGCGAAACAGUUGACAUCCGAAACAGCUAAGCAGCCGAUCGAACAGGUCAACGAUGAUGCCAAAAGCGUUGAACUGGAAAAGGAGGUAAAAGCGAACAGCAUACCUACAGAAGAAGAAGAACCGCUGGUGAAUAAGCCCAAGAAUACUCGAUCCAGAGUUAGGCGUUUGACAACAGAGACUGCUGAGCAACCGGUUGAGCAGGAUAACGUCAUUACCAAAGGCGUCGACUCAAUUGAAAAUGAGGUGAAUCGUGUGUCGAAAAAUAAACCAGUCCAAGAAAAGAGCAAGGUAGUUGAGCCAGCAGAAUCGAGAAGCGAUGAACCGGUAAUAGACAAGCCUGCAGUAGAAGAAGAUCAAAUGGUUAAGAAGACCAAGACUACUCGAUCCAAAGUUAGACGCUUGGCAACAGAGACUGCUGAGCAACCGGUUGAGCAGGAUAACGUCAUUACCAAAGGCGUCGACUCAAUUGAAAAUGAGUUGAAUCGUGUGUCGAAAAAUAAACCAGUCCAAGAAAAGACCAAGGUAGUUGAGCCAGUAGAAUCGAGAAGCGAUCAACCGGUAAUAGACACGUCUGCAGUAGAAGAAGAUCAAAUGAUUAAGAAGACCAAGACUACUCGAUCCAAAGUUAGGCGCUUGACAACAGAGACUGCUGAGCAACCGGUUCAGCAGGAUAACGUCAUUACCAAAGGCGUCGACUCAAUUGAAAAUGAGGUGAAUCAUGUAUCGAAAAAUAAACCAGUCCAAGAGAAGACCAAGGUAGUUGAGCCAGCAGAAUCGAGAAGCGAUCAACCGGUAAUAGACAAGCCUGCAGUAGAAGAAGAUCAAAUGAUUAAGAAGACCAAGACUACUCGAUCCAAAGUUAGACGUUUGACAACAGAGACUGCUGAGCAACCGGUUGAGCAAGAUAACAUUACCAUAGGCGUCGACUCAAUUGAAAACGAGGUGAAACGUGUGUUGAAAAAUAAACAAAAACCAAUUCAACAAAAGAUUGAGGGCAAGGCAAUUGAGAAAGUGCCAGUAGAAUCGAGAAACGAUCAGACGCCUGUAGAAGAAGAAGCUCAGAUAGUCGAGAAGACCAAGAAUACUCGAUCCAAAGUUAGGCGCUUGACAAUAGAAACUGCUGAGCAACCGGUUGAGCAGGCGAACGUUAGUGCCCAAAUCGAUGGACCUACUGAGAACGAUCAAAAUCACGUGACUAAGCAUAAAACCAAGCCUAAGAUACAGAAAAAGAAUGAGGAUAAACCGGCUAAGCAAAUCACAGCAAAUGAACCGUACAUCGAGUUGGAAACGGAUGCGGCAGCGAACGACACAACUGCAGAAGAAAGUGAACCGGUGAUCGAUAAGGCCAAGAAUACCAGAUCCAAAGUUAAACACGUGCCAGCAGAGACUGUUGGGCAAUCAGUGCAGCAGAAUAACUUUGCGUCAACCGAGAAUGCUGUGUCGAAAAAUAAGAAACACAAACAAACGCAACAAAAGAUAACCCUUGAGGAUAAGACAGUUGAGCAAGUACCAGCAAAACCAAACAUCGUUCAGAGGGACGAAAUGAGGCCUGAAGAAAUGUCUGAAGAAGAAGAAGAAGAAUCGAUGGUUAGUACGCCCAAGACGACUCGAUCCAAAGCUAAACAGAUGGCUGCAGCUUGUUCACAGCAAUCCGUGGAGCACGUACCAAUUGAGGACGAUAUAAACCACGUAGAAAAAAAUAAGAAAGGUAAACCAACCCAACAAAAAGCAGUAGAAAGUAAUCCAGUUGAACGAUCAAGAAGACCAGAGUCAAGAAUAGUAAAUAACAAAAAUAAAGUUGCCGAAACAGGGGAUAAAGCGAACUACAAUACAAAUCGACCUCUAAGAGCUAAAAAGCAAACACAGGCAGAUCGUUCCGCUUCUGCACAUCCGGACGAGCAGGCCUCCGAAGGGCAUUUAGAAAGUGAGUCAUUGCAAACGAAACGUGCCCAAACGAAGUCCGUAGGACCGGUUUCUUCGAUUUAUUCGCGGCGAAGCUCUUCGUUCUCAGAAUCCGAGCCGGAGGCGGAUCCGCACAGCUCCGCCGAUCGCACGAUUUUGAUCGAGAUCGAUGAAAAUGUCAGCGAUACCAGUUGCCCGUCAGAUCUAGAAGAAAGCACAAUCGACCAAACGUCCAGUCCGGUCUUGGAGCGGAGGGAGUCGAAAGAUGACACAUUGCUCGAAUCAUCAAUUAGAGAACAGCAAAAUCAGUCCCGCGAAUCACCUGAAUCGGACUUUGCCGGUUUCGAAACCGAUAAAAUAUACCCGUCAAAAAGGAAUCACCGAGGAAAACCUAAAACAAACGCCACGGUUACAGCAACGGAUAAGGCGUUAAACGAAACUUAUGUUGAGGUGCCGCAGAAGAAACAAAAACUUCGCACUUUAUCCGGCGAAUCGUCUGAACCUGACGAAAAACCCGCGGAUGAAAGUUGCUCGGCUCCUCUAUUGGAGCCGCUAGGCAGUGGUCUGCCGUGCAAUGCGAAUGAUGUUCUUGGCGACGUUCCACCUGUGCUCAUUCCAAUGGUUCGUCUACCCCGGUUAAGAAUAGAAGAAUAUUAUUACAGGAAUCGAAAUGAAUCGCAAGAGGAGAAAAUGUCUACGGACGAAACAGAGAAACCAGAAAAAACGAACGAAACAGAAAAGCGAGAAAAAGCUAAGCCAAAACCGAUUCCACGUUAUCUACGCGAUUACAAUGAUGAUCUGGACAUAACGUGGCGACCGAGCAAAGCUAAAAAGGAUAAGGCUAACGUAAAUCGACAGCAGUUGGAUCAGGGCGGAGAUAGUGGCCAUGGUAGUGACGAAGAAGAACCCGUACGUCGCAGUGGCCGGAAUCGUCGUAUUGCAGCGCAAGUUCUCUUGACCAAUCCGCUGGUUAAAUCAGCUUUCGAUGUGCCCAACUACAGACCGUUAUCGAUUGAUGAGAUAGUCAAAGCCGAGGUUUUGGCACUGGAAAUUAAGCAGAAAGAAAAAUACCGAUGGAGGAAGCCGCGCAAGGCGCCGGUGCCAACGUCUAAAGAAACUGACCUUAGUACCGAUACAACGGCAGCUGCAAAUCGAAAGAGGGUGCAAAAUGCCCCUCCAGAAGGGUCGCUUGAGCAGACGGCUCCGAAGAAAAAUCGUCCUGAUGCGACCGUGGAAGUGGAAACAUCUGCUUCUACAACUAAUAAUACGGAAAAGAGCAGCAACAAUGACAUUAUCAGUGAAACCGAUUCCAUGGCUCGCGAUAAACUAAAGGCUGAAUGCUGGAUAAUGAAACUGAUGGCAGGAGAGCAUGGACCAACUGAUCGCCUACCAGUCGAUCCGAUAGCCGGAGGCGUUAUGCAUUUCACUUUGGACCAUCUGAACUUCCAGGAGCGCAAUGGAAUCCAGUAUUCAUUUUUUGCUUAUUCCGAGCACGAGAACUGCGGUUUUCUACGAUUCUCAGUUGGUGCGGUUAAAAAGUUGACAAAAACGGCCAACUUUCAGCUGAAAUUUCUGAUUCUCAGAGGAGAGCUCCAGUUCCAAGUAAAUGGAAAAGAAAUGCUUACGAAAGGAGGCGAUUUUCUUGUGCUUCCUGAGAAUUCGAAAUACAGCAUAAAAAAUGGUGAAGAGAUUUCUCUCGUGUUUAUGAUCAAGGUUCCGACGAUGUAAUGUCUGCCUAGUAUACAUCACGUACAAGAAAUCGUUUAUUUUACAGCUUAGGAAAUAGCCAUUUAGACAGAUUUUUUUAUGAGUAUGGUAAAGUUUUUGUAUACAAGAUUCCAUAAUCUUUGUAUAGAAAUUUCAAACCCGUAACUAGUACCAUGGUAAAAUGCAUUGGAUGUAUAUUUUUAUUUAGUUUA